AUGUCAGACGUGGAUGAUGCGCGCAAUCAUAACUUCGACCAUGAGGGUUCUUUCGACGCAGUUGAGGAUGAUUUGGAAAACAGUGGUGAUGACACUAUCGAUGACUGUGUAGAAAGCGAAGACGAUAUGGUCGAUAGUGCGGAUGACGAUGAAGGAAAAGUAAAUUUUUAUGUGGCACAACUUGAUUCAGUAUACGAACAACUUGUUACUUUUCGAGCGUCCACGUCACUUAGAAGACCCCGAAUUGCGAGAAAUCCAGUUGCAUCCACCCCAUUGACUGGAAUGGAUUGGAUCAAUGAGUUGUACAUGGGCCCCGAUAAUAGAUUUUUUGCUGUGCUAGGGGUGGAAAAGAAGGGCCAACAAAGGCUACGGCUUGCAGCGAAGAGAUUCAGACAUUCAUUGGAGACGAUCAGUAAUCAUGUUCACAUGAUGGUAGACGCUCUACGUAUGCUUGCACCCCAGUACAUUCGGCCCCCCAAUUUUAAUCGGGUCCCUCCUUAUAUACGUAACAAUCCUCGUGUCUAUCCACAUUUUAAGGAUUGCAUCGGCGCAAUAGACGGGACUCUAAUACCAGCUUGGGUUCCUCAACGGAGACAUGGGUCUUACAGGUGCCGAAAAGGAAUCCUAGCACAAAAUGUAAUGGUAGCGUGUGAUUUCGAGUGCAAGUUCACAUUUGUUCUAUCCGGUUGGGAAGGCAGUGCCAAUGAUGCUCGCAUUUUCCAAGAAACAUUAAGAGAUCCCGCAAUCGAUUUCCCAUGGGCGCCCCCGGGGAAAUAUUACUUGGUGGACUCUGGAUACAUUAAUGUACCGGGAUUCCUUACACCUUACAAAGGCGAGAGGGGUCUCAUGCCAAGAUACUCCGUCGACUGCCAGAAAAACAUCGUUCUUGCAUGUUGUGUUUUACAUAACUUCAUUCAAAGGCACCAACAUUCUGAUAACCUACCUCCGUCUUUCUACGAUUUGGGCUAUAUUCCACAACGUGAUACAGACAAUGAUAACCUACCUCCAUCUUUGCACAAUGACUCGAUACCCCAAGGUGAUGUAGACGAUGACACGAGUGGUUGGAACCCCUCUUUGAAUGUUUCACAAUCUGUUUAUAGGGAACAGUGUGCGUUGCGCGACACAAUUGCAUCCGCUUUGUGGGCGGAUCAAAGAAACAGACGCGCGUAG